CACUGAAUGAGCCAACAAUAGACUACGGCUUCCAGAGAUUACAAAAAGUCAUCCCUAGACACCCGGGAGACCAAGAAAGAUUACCAAAGGAGGUAAUUUUAAAGAGAGCAGCGGACCUGGUGGAGGCCCUAUACGGGAUGCCUCACAAUAACCAGGAGAUGAUUCUGAAGCGAGCAGCAGACAUCGCAGAGGCCCUCUACACAACAGUGCCACGAGGGCACAACCAGCUAGCCAGUCUUGGCAGCGGCUCCGUCCACGCCGGCAUGAUGGCCGUAAACUCUUUCACCGGGUCGGAGGUGGCGCAAACAGCCAAUCAGGGUUUCAGUAGGAGUACAAGCAGUGUGUCUCCUCAUGGCUAUGUCCCCAGCUCCACUCCCCAGCAGAGCAGCUACAGCUCUGUCUCCUCUAGCAUGAAUGGCUACGCUAACUCUGGCAUGGCAACCCUGGGCACCUCACCCAACUUCCUCAACGGAUCUGCAGGCAACUCGCCCUAUGCUAUCGUCCCGUCCAGCCCGACCAUGGCGUCCUCCACCAGCCUGCCCUCCAACUGCAGCAGCUCCUCCGGCAUCUUCUCCUUCUCUCCAGCCAACAUGGUCUCGGCCGCCGUCAAACAGAAGAGCGCCUUCGCCCCCGUCGUCCGACCUCAGAACUCCCCUCCGCCCACGUGCACCAGCGCUAACGCAAACAGCCUGCAAGACCAGUCUUUUGUGGACUCUAGCAAGUACUCAUCAGCCAGCUCUCUGCAGGGCCUGGCCUUCUCCUGAACAGCGAUCCCCGCGAUGAUUGUUCCACCCAUGUAGAGGAUGUGGGAAGCUGGAAGUUUUGGGGGGAUGUUGAGAGGAGGGGGGGAGAAAAAGAAUCACAGCAGCGGCGUCUGGCGAGUCUCUGUUAUGCUCCGGAGCUUAACUGAAGGAAGUCAAGAUAAGACGCAGGACUCUGUUAAACUCAGGCCUUUCCAGUGGGAUUUCAUCUGAAGGAGGGAGAAGAUAAAGGAGGACAAUUUGAGCCUUUGUGAUGUUUUCUUUCUUUUUUUUUUCCUCAAUUGGUUGAAUUAGUGUAGCUUCUCUAACACCGUGUUGGAUGGAGUGUAAAGACACUGAUAGUUUGCCCACAGUGUGACACUGACCUCAUGAAAAAAUAAAUAAAGCAUUUAUUUAUCUUUACGUUGACGACUAUAAGCUUUGCGUUCUGGAGCCCCGCCCCCUCACCCAACCCGUACAGUUCAGUUUUGGUUCAGACGUGAAACCACAUGCCGCGAGAACGCCAGGAAACUCAUAAAAGAACAAAAAAAAAGAAAACACCCUCAAUUUUUUGCUGCUAAUUUCCCCACAAACCUUUCAAAAAAAGAAAUCAAUAAAUGAAACUAAAUAAACCCUGUGCUGCUUCAGCAUCGGAAACAAAUGCCUUUUCCUUGACCCCUGUCUCGUUUGAACUGUUUGAAUUUUAAUUCAAAAGAGGAAAACUGUGAGGACUGAGCUGUUUGCAAUAUCUGCUUGUCGUGUGAAGACAAAAAGGUGUAAGUUUUAGCCAAAAUUUGAACUUUUUGUUUGAGAUCUGAGCAACAACUUGAAAAGCCAGAGGAUGUGUGUGCGCGUCCAGCCAGCACUGUACUGAAGAAGCCUAUCUUAGAAUAAAUGCGUGAUAUAUGUGAUAUAUUUUUGUAUAUAUAAAAAGUUGAGACUUUUUUUUUCCAUUUGGCAUCAAUUUUCUUUUUUUUUUUUUCCUUUUUUUUUUUUGCAAUAGCUAUAGUUUGAAAUGUAAACAUUAUACAGUAACGUCUUAAGGCAGCUUCUCAGCACAGACGAUAGAUUUACUUCAUGUUGUCGGUAUCUCAUCUGCUAAACGUGACAAACAUGGAUUUGGAUACAAAAAGGGGAGUCGUGUAAAAUAUCCUAUAAAUAAUGUAUUUAUCCCUCAUGUGUACAUUGACUCUCACCCCCCGUUUAGUUGUGUUGUGUACGUUUCUUACAGUAACUGAACAUACUUCAGUGCUUUUCUUAUGUAUUGUCGUCUCUCACUAUUUAAAUGUGGCAGUUCAACUUUUUUUCUAGUUUUUACUUCUUUCUUUUUUGCCAUUAUUUGUUGAUUCAAAAACAUGCCAUUGUCUAUUUUUGUAUUAUUUGUAAGUUAAUAAAAAAGUCAGUUUUCUUUUUUUUUUUUUCUUAUAAAAUGUUUAUUGUAUGGCAAAAAGUAGCAUCUUUACAGAGUAUUUGGUUGAGGUAGAUUUUUUAAGAAUAUAAACACAUUAAUAUAUAUACUGUAAAUCUAUAUCUUUUUUUGUUUGUUUGUUUGAGGCUUUUAGAUGGAAACUGUUCUUGAACUGAUAAUAUGCAUGGGUUCUCCUCCUGAGUGACUUUGUAUGUGUGUGUGUGCGUGUGUGUGGAAACCAAGAGAUGCAAAGAAUUGCUCUGUUUUCUUUCUUCUUUCUUUUUUUGUGUGUGUGUUCCUCUUUUUUCCACCCCUCUUUGUUCUUUAUUUUAUGUUAUUUAUGCCUGCUUACAUUACAGUAUCUAUAUACUCUUUCUUUUUGUUUUUGUCACUGUAAUCUUUACCAGCAGUCUAGAUGCCUUAACAAUGCAAACCCAUUCUCCAUUCAAUCAUGUUGUACAGUUUUCUACCCCUUCACCACAAUUGUCUAUUGCCACAGAGGAAUUCACGAGAAACUUGGGGACAAAGCACAAACCCGCUCUGUUUGGUGCUGAAGCCAGACUAGAACACAAAGAGCCAUAAAUUCAACAAUCUCACACACACACACACACACGCCCCCCUCGAAUGUGCUAAAUGUUACAGCGACGGCACGCUUUGAAAGGCGGGCAUAGCGGGCCGAGUCCACAAGGCUUUUUAACUGCACAUUAGUGUUGAAAGAAACACGUUUUUUAACAGCCUUUUUUUUAAUAAUGAGAUGAUUUCAACAGCAUGAUGGGAAUAUUUCCUCAAACCAGUGGAUGGAAACAGCUUCACAUCACCUAAUUGUAGUUUAGAGGAGGAAAACAAACACUUGUCGCAACACAAUUUUAAUCUCACACACGUCGACUCCUGUAUCUGACAGCUGAUUACCCCCCGACCCACACACACACACACACACACACACAAACACACACACACAGUCCUGCUCUCUUUACAUUAGCUGCUGGACAAUGCAGGCUCAUUACAAACAACAAACAUGUGAAGGAAGCAUUAAAAAGCAGCUUCUUGGCCCAUCAAC